GUAUUUGUCUCUCACCGCUUAAAGACCAGCGUAGGUAAUUUGCAACAUCGUUUCUCAGAUUUACAUCAGAAAAGGAAACGAAGGAAACAAUAGCAGACUUAAAUAAAUACUAGAAUCGUUCUGAUCGACUGUAAAGAAUUCUUGAAUGCGAUGCCACAGUAUUGCUGCAGUCCAGCGAUUGAAAUGAAUAAAAGAUUAAUAGGAUGAAUAAAUUAUCGGAGCAAUUUAGCCUACAUUCAACUAGUGUCAUAUCUGUUACUGGUAACGUAUCUCUCUUUAUCAUACCUCCGUGACAACAUCAAUCCGUCUGAGCCGGUGAGGGGCGUAAAUGUUACACUUUUGUAUCAUCAAGCAACACUAUUUUUAACAUGUCUGGGUAUCAGAGCAAUACCGAGCCAAAGAGAGGAUUUCAACAUAGCCGCCUCCCCGAAAUCAUAGCCUACUGUCUUGAAAAUGGAAAGAGACCUAUGUGUGUACGAAUAUAUUAUGCAUUUUUAAAAAGAAAGGAUGCCCUCUGCUGCUAAGGAAAUGUGUGCAGGAUGCCACCGUCCUAUCGAGGAUCGUUUUCUCCUGAAGGUGAUGGAAAACUCUUGGCAUGAGCAUUGUUUACAGUGUUCAAUGUGCCAUAUACCUCUAUCUGUGUCUUGUUUCUGUCGAGACCGAAAACUAUACUGCAAAGUCGACUAUGACAAGAUUUUCGGGACGAAGUGCAGCAGUUGUAUGCAACCAAUUCCAGCCAACGAAUUAGUGAUGAGAGCCAUAGGCAACGUUUACCAUCUACGGUGUUUUGCAUGCGUAGCGUGCGGUCACCAACUACAGAAAGGAGAUCAGUUUGUAAUUCGAGACGGUCAGUUAUUCUGCCGUAUGGACUUUGAAAAGGAAUAUGGAGUUAUGCCACUAAGUCCGAAAAGUGACGAUGGGGAAAGUUUUGAUGACGUUGAAGGUGAAACAGCGAAAGGUCCUAAGCGGCCGCGAACUAUUUUAACUACAAGUCAAAGAAGAAAAUUCAAAGCAUCCUUCGAAGUAAAUCCCAAACCAUGUCGAAAAGUAAGAGAAUCCUUGGCAGCGGAAACCGGUCUAAGUGUCAGAGUAGUCCAGGUGUGGUUCCAGAACCAGCGAGCAAAAGUGAAAAAAUUAGCGCGAAGACAGAAUCAAGAAAACACUUUGGACACGAAAAAAGGUCAACAGAGAUCCCAAAAAAGGAAAAAAGACGAUGAUCAUGAUUCGGACGGUGGAGGCCCAGUGAAUGGUAGUGAAUCAAAUAUGACACGACUACCUCCAUUACCCGACUGCCAACAGUACGAUAGCGCAGAAGACCAACUUUCCUAUUACGAAAAGAAGCCAAUACAUCGAAGCUCCCAGUUGUACACAAGUCAACCGCCGUUGAGUGAAAGUCAACUUUAUUCAGACGGUGGAUUGGAUGAAAGCAUGGACAAUAUUGACCACGUUUUGAUGACAGAAGCAAACACGCAUAACAACCUCAGUUCGGGGCCUGUGAUAAACCCAAUAGACAAAUUAUACUCCAUGCAAAAUUCAUAUUUCAGUGCUGACUAGACAUUUAAAGACAGCAACAACAAAAAAACAAUAUUAAUAAUAAUAAAGAAAUAAACAAUCAACAAAUGGCGACAAAACAUUAACAACAACCAACCAAACAAAACAAACUAUAUAAAACUUAUCACAUUUGUUACCGUGCUACAGACUCCAGCAUCUCGACUAAACGACGUAUGCUUGUGUAUGUAUGUAUGUGUGUGUAUAUUUGCACUCUUUUAAUGCAGAUGUUUGUGUAUAGGCAGGAAAUUAUGAAUAUCAUUCAAUAUCUAUAUGUGAGAGAGUGUGCGAAUGUGGAUAAGGUCGUCUUUAUAUAUGUAGGUGUAUAUAUAUAUAUAUAUA